CUGGGCUGGCUCGCUCCACAAUGCUAGUUGCGGCGUAAGGGCGCGGCUCCAUCAAACACUUUCUAAAGUGGCGCGUCGCGUGCAAUUCUUCAUUUUAUCGUACGCAAUUUUAGCAGGGGGCGCUAACUAAUGUAACUUUGCACCUGCAGACCGGCGGCCGUGGCGUGAAGAGCUGCUGUAGUGCGGAGAGAGACACCCCGGGUUCGCACGGCUUGUUGUUUUUCCUCUGCGCUCCCUCCGCUCGCCGACAAAGAGCGCCUCGCCUCGCCGCUCCGCGACGCACCGCACCGCGGCCGCGUACCUGUUACUCCCGCAGCGCACAGGUGUCCAGCGACCCGGCACCAUGGAAGCCGUCGCUAAGUACGACUUCAAAGCCACUGCGGAUGACGAGCUAAGUUUUAAACGAGGGGAAAUCCUAAAGGUCUUAAAUGAAGAAUGCGACCAGAACUGGUACAAGGCGGAGCUCAAUGGAAAAGACGGCUUCAUCCCCAAGAACUACAUCGAAAUGAUGGCGCAUCCGUGGUUCUUUGGGAAGAUCCCCCGGGCGAAGGCGGAGGAGAUCCUCAACAAGCAGAGACACGACGGAGCCUUCCUCAUCCGGGAGAGCGAGAGUGCGCCGGGGGAUUUCUCCCUCUCCGUCAAGUUUGGGAAUGAUGUUCAGCACUUCAAGGUUCUGCGUGAUGGGGCAGGAAAAUAUUUCCUAUGGGUGGUUAAGUUCAACUCGCUGAACCAGCUGGUAGAGUACCACCGAUCUACCUCGGUGUCACGGAACCAGCAGAUCUUCCUGAGGGACAUCGAGCAGGUCCCCCAGGUGAGCCAGCGUUCGUAUGUCAAGGCGCUGUUUGACUUCGACCCCCAGGAAGAGGGUGAGCUGGGUUUCCGGCGUGGGGACUUCAUCCAAGUGCUGGACAACUCCGACCCCAACUGGUGGAAGGGGGCGUGCCAUGGGCUGACGGGCAUGUUCCCCCGCAACUACGUCACACCUGUCAAUCGGAACAUGUGACCAGCACAUGCCUCGCUCUGCCCUGCCCUCUAUCCCGAAGCCCGCCAUAACCCUCCCCCAACUCGCCAACCCCCACCCCCCCCUCCACCAGCCCAUAAAGGCAUCCAGACCAUCGCUGAAGAAUGUAGCAGCCCACCUCAAAGAGGGUGGGGGGGGUCAUUCGGCAAACAAUGCAGCGGAUUUACAUCACUGAGAACGUGUGGCAUAACAGUGAAAGCUGCAGGCUGGAUGGAAACUGGAGAAAAUGGAACGGAAGGGAAUGGGAAAGGAAGGGAAUGGGGAAAAGAGGAGGAGGAGUGGGGGACCCGGAAGCAGCGGCUGAGUCAUCCAGAGAGCACGUGUCACCUGCAGACUCCCCUGGCUGCCUCUGCCUCCCUCCCACUCACUCACGCUGCAGUUUGUUUCCAUGCAUUCUAAUCCGAUAAAAUGUCAGUAAUAAUAAAUAUACAUAUUUCAGAAUGGAAAGGUAAGGAGGGCUUGAUGAAGUGGGAGGAGAGUCUCCAGUGUACAGACUAGAUCCGCCUGGGCAUCAACUCUGGGCUCUGUGAAUAAAAUCCAUUUAUAUAAACAGUAUAUAUAAUUAUAAAUACACAUUUGUACGUAUGAGUAUAUAUGUGUAUUGAUGGCCACACCAAUGUUUGUGUUUCUUCCCUUUUUGUCGUAAUCUAUUCCCAAACCCCGUUCCUUCUCGAUGUACUUUACUGUAACCUCUGUUGUCUAUGGGCAAGGCCGUCCGGCUGAUUUGGAAAUCGCUCUGGAUCCCGAAAGCGCCUUUACGGAAAGUGGCGGGGGCGCCUUUUUAAAGCAGGGACUAUUUUCCGACUCAUGGGGAAACCUGAAGCCUAUCUCUAUCUCUAUCUCUAUCUCUAUCUCUAUCUCUAUCUCUAUCUCUAUCUCUAUCUCUAUCUCUAUCUCUAUCUCUAUCUCUAUC